AUGGCGUUGAGUCUUGAUUACGUGACACUUGAUGUCUUUACAUCCAAAGUCUUCGGUGGGAAUCCAUUGGCCGUUGUUUUUCUUCCGGAUCAUUCCUCGGAACCCAUCACUCGAGACCAGAUGCAGGCUAUUGCUCGUGAAUUCAAUUAUUCAGAGACAAUUUUUGUCCAUCCCGUUUCUUUGAUGGCACCUACAAAGCGCAGAAUCGAUAUUUUCAUGACAACGAAGGAACUUCCGUUCGCAGGUCAUCCGACCAUUGGUGCCGCAUCAUGGCUUCUUCGUUUAUCGCCAUGUCGGGAAGAUCAGUCUCGGUUUGAAGCCCUUACGACUAAGGCUGGUGAUAUUCCAAUCUCACAAGUCGCGGCAUCUUCUCUUGUUUCAGCCUCUGUUCCACAUGAAUUUCACCUUCACAAGGCGCAAUUUCCGCUGUCAGAGCUUCUACGACUACAUCCUACCCUCGGUCCGUUCCUACAAUCCAACGAUUACGGAAAUAUCGGCUUCCCUGUUUUCUCUGUCGUCAGGGGUAUGACAGUGAUUCUUGUUGAGCUUCCGAGUAUCAACGCUUUGGCUGCCGUAGACAUGCCCAUCGGAGGUGAAAUGAUAAAACUUUCUUCUGCUUUGAAUGGGGGCUAUCUCGAUGCUGGCUGGGAUGGCGAGGGGCUCAUCAACCUUUACUUCUAUGUUCGUGAUGUGCCUGAUGGUGGAAGGACAGUUCUUCGUACGCGCAUGCUUCUGGGAAAUUUUGAAGAUCCGGCCACAGGUAGCUCUGCCACUGGCUUAGCAGCAUACCUCUCCUUGGUCAGCCAACAGCCUGAUGACAAAAUCGUAUUUGACUAUGACAUUGUGCAAGGAAUUGAAAUGGGACGCAGGAGCGAUAUUGGCGUUCAUGUUGUGCUUUGCGAUGACAAAAGAGGGAUUGAGAAAGUGGAACUCAUCGGGAGCGCCGUCCAAGUAUCCUCAGGUCAAAUUCGCUUGAACUGA